AUGGAUUCAAUACAUGUUUUCUAUUAUUUUCAGAUUAUCUGCCUAGCCUCCGGCCUGGCUUCAUCUGAGAAGCUAGACAGGAGUUACCUUCCACCACCAGGGUCGAAAUACUCAGGAGGUAGUCCAGGAGACAUCGAUGUACCUCUUGAAUUUCCCAAGCAAACACCUACGGGACGACCGCAGCUAGUAAAUGGGAAACCUGAAAUAGAACUAGGCGUUGACCGACGCCCAGCUCCAACAGGGACACCGGAUAGCCAGAAACCUGGAUUCACUUACUUCCAAAACUCCUACCCUGUCCCUAGAACUACUACAUCGUAUGCUAUAACUCAGACUACUACUUUCCCCGCUGGUUACGAAGGUUUAGAGCCGAAUGCCUUCGUAAAUGGCUCAAAUAUCCAACCAGGUGUACCAGGGCAGAAUUAUCGACAGCCAAUCAGAGGACCAGGCCAAGGACCUAGCUACAACCAAUAUCGAACGGGACAGAGCCAAUCUACUGUAGCUCCUUACGGAACCACUGCGCGACCACCAUUCCCAAACAAUUUCAAUGGCCCCGAAUAUUUGCCCCCAGUGAGCAACAAGCAAUCCCCAGGCCAAGCGGGUUCUAACCAAGAUGGCGCCAGUUACCCAUCUGAUCUGCCCCAAGGACCUAAAUACCAAGACGGAAUCUCAGUGAAUCAACCAGGCUUCAAUCAACAAAACCGAUUUGUAGGCGACCAAAAUGUACCUUCAACUAUUGCACCUCAAUACCAAAAUGAACGAUUUGGACCCACAGGACCUGGCUUUCCGCAAGCCCAGAAACAAUUUAUAGGAAACCAGUUCCCAUCAUCAACAGGGGUGCCUCAAUACCAAACUGGUCAGAGAUUUACUACCCCUGGAACAAACCAGCAGAACCAAUUCUCAGGAAAUCAAGACUUUCCAUCAUCAACUGCUGCUCCUCAAUACCAAGGAGGUCAAAGGUUGACUACCCCGGUACCAAACCAGCAGAACCAAUUUUCAGGAAAUCAAGACUUUCCAUCAUCAACUGCUGCUCCUCAAUACCAAGGAGGUCAAAGGUUGACUACCCCGGUACCAAACCAGCAAAACCAAUUUGCAGGAAAUCAGGACUUCCCGUCAUCAACUACUGUACCACAUUUCCAAUCUGGGCAAGGAAUUAUAACUCCUGGACUUAACCAUCAAGUUUUUGGAUCUCGAGUUCCUAGCCAGCAGAAUCAAUACACUGGAAGUCAAAAUCAAGGAAAUCAGUUCCCAUCGUCUACUGCAGCGCCUACGCCUGCAUCGAUUCAACAGAACCAAUAUACAAGGAAUGAAAAUUAUCCUUCAACUGCAGCCCCUAUCUACCAAGACGGACAACGUUUUACCACCCCCGUCCAAAUUCAAGGGGGAUCAGUUCCUCGCCAGCGACCUUUUGGUUCUCUCGUGCAGGGUAAUCAAUACCCUGGUAAUCAAAACAUACCUUCAUCCACCGUUGCUCCUCAAUUCCAUGAUAGUCAACGUUUUACUACUCCAGGAUAUAUACAAGUCGGCUAUGGAUCUUCAGUGCCUUCACAGGAAAAUCAGUACCAGUAUCCGGGAAGCCAAAAUAUACCGUCAUCCACGAUUGCACCGCAAUACCAGACUAACCAGCAGUUUACUACUGGACCAGGUGCCCAGAAUUUCCUAUCAACUGAUGCUCCUAAGAACCAAAAUGGACGUUACUCGACCCCUGGCCAAUAUCAAGGACAAUUAGUUCCUCAACAACAGUUUGGGACUCCUGGCCAACGACAACAUGUAGGAAAUCAAAACUAUCCAUCAUCUACCGUUGUUCCUCAAUACGAAAAUGGCCAGCGCUUUUUGACUCCCGGAUCCCAGCAAAUAUUUGGAUCUCCUCAACAAAAUCAGUAUGAAAACCAGAACUUCGCAACUUCGACCACUGCUCCUCAAUACCAAGAUCAACGCUUCUCCACCCCUGGUCUUUUCAACCAACCUUCUUAUCCAGGGUCCACCGCUGCCCCAGAAUAUCAUCAAACAUUUGCGCCUACUCCAGGAACCAUUCAACAAGGGGUACCUAGCCAACAGAAUCAAUACCAGCGGCCGAUCUACAAUCAACAGUUCCCAUCGUCAACAGCAGCACCCCAACGUUUUAUUCCUGGAUCUCAACCCCACUUCGGUAGUAAUAUUCCUACAUCUGGAACGGAAGUAGCAUUUCCACAACAAGGAUUACCUGGAAGUGAAAAUUAUGGAAGCAACCAACAGGCUGUAUCUCAGACCGAAGCUGGCUCUAUUUAUGGUACCGCUCCAAGCUUCUCCAACCAAGGAUUUCCGAGUACAACAGUUGGACCUUACCAAGCUGGAGAUUUCGCUUCUACACCUGGCUUUGAAAACAUUGGUGGCCGUAGACCUGAACGUCCUCAGGCCGAGGGCGAUAGAAACGCGGAGAUUUUAUCCUAUGAAAACGUACUUACACCCGAAGGCUACUUUUACAGUUUUGAUACAUCUAAUGGUAUUCAUGCCGAUGAAACUGGAGAAGUAGGUAAUAGCACUAGAGCUCAAGGAGGCUUCACCUACACUGGCGAUGACGGAAAAGUGUAUAGCAUCGUUUAUACGGCUGAUGAGAAUGGUUUUCAACCUCGUGGUGACCAUUUACCGACCCCGCCACCAAUCCCUGAAGCGAUCCAACGAGUUAUUGAUCAAGCUAACUUGGAUAAGGAAGCGGGAAUCGAUGAUGAUGGUUCUUACAAUGAAGAAAAAUACGGAUAUAUGAAAUAUGAAGGUCCAUUAACUCGGUUCAUGGCAAAAAAUAGGACAGUGUCUUUAGUUAAUGGAGCUGAUAUUCCGGAAAGAAAUGAACAUGGUAUUGAUGAACAGAUCAGAAAAGUAUUUAGACCUAAAGGUAGCCGACCAAGUUCAAAGGCAGAAAAUACAGAGCCUGACUUAGAAAAAACCGAUAUAAAUGAAUCAGAUAUAGAAGGUAUUGACAUGGAUGAUGAUUACAGUCUGAAUAAUAACAAGGAAGGUAUUAGACGUACUAGCGCUAAACGUCCAAAACCUAUCAAGAACUUAACUGAGGAAGAUAAUAGACCAAACCGAUUAAAAGGAAUAAAAACACAAAUGAAACCCAACGUUAACACCAAUAAAGAUAGUUCUAUUCGCCGUCCGAUAUCAAGCGGGGAAUAUGAAGAUAAUGUAUCAGACGAUAAGCUUGAAGAACCUAAGGAUAAUGAUGAUCUAUUAGAUUCUGAUGAGUUCGAUUUCGAUUCAGAUCUCGUGAACUACAGAGAUGACCCUAAUAAUAGAACUGACUUCCAUGGCCUGAACAAGUAUCUUCCGGAAUCUAAGAAAACAAACAGGAAAAAUCUGUCUGGUAAAAAACGACCAAUCGUGCGAGUAGAUCGUAUCAAGAAACCUGUAACUGGAAGUGGAGCUAAAACCACUGAAGAUCGCUAUGACGAAGAAAAUCUGGACAGUAAACCUGACUUUGAUGAUGAACCACGCACACGCAUCCCGUCAAGGAAAAACAAAUUCGGACAGAAAAUCAAAGAUCAGUCCAAAAUUACCGGUCAAACUUUACCGCUUGAGAGUGAUGAUGAGACCAACACGUACAACGACGAUAAAAUUGACGCAAAUGAAGAUUAUGAUUAUGAUGACGCCACAAAACCAGUAAUCAAUAACCGCAAAAAUAAACCUGCCACUUCCCAGUCAAAAAAUAAAGUUUCUGGUAAGCCUAAGCGACCGACGGCAAACAAACAGGCAGGUGUUUCUAACAAUAAAGAGAAUGAUGCAUCAUCAUACGAAGAAACCGGUUAUGAAUAUACUCCACCACAACGAAAGUUUGGCUCAGAAGAGGCCACCAAGUUUCCAUCUAGAACAAAUCAAAAGGGAAUACAGACAACCGUGCGACCUUUCCUAACUAAACACGUAUAUGGCGAUGACGAACCUACUGAUGAAUAUGUCGAUCAAUACGGCCAUGUUAAACCUGGUAAAUCAAGACGGCCAAUGGCUCCUCAGAAGUACCCUGAUUAUAAACAGGGCGCUAACAUUUAUGGGCAGGAUAACCCUGAAGAGAACGAUGAAGGAAGGAGACCGAUUUCAUUUGAAACUUCUCGCCGACCCUUUGGCGGAAGACCACAAACUACAGUAACUCCUCAAUAUCAGGACCAAGGCGUGACUGGUCAGGAAACUCAGGAAGGUGAGAGUCAUGACCCUAAAUUAAAUCAAAAUCAAGGAUUCUCUACAACCAGGAGACCUGUGUCAUACGGAACUUCUGAGCGACCUUUCGGUAGACCACAGUCCACUUUAGCUUCUCAAUAUCCGGAGCAAGGUGUGACUGGUCAGGAGGGUGAGACUUAUAACCCUGAAUUAAACCAAAAUCAAGGAUUUUCUACAACCAGGAGACCUGUCUCAUAUGGAACUUCUCAGAGACCUUUCGGAAGACCACAAUCCACUGUAGCUCCUCAAUAUCAAGACCAGACAGGAGCCGGUCAGGUGUACAAUGAACCUUCCAACCAAGGAUCUCAAGAACCCGGAGACAAAUUAUUCUACAACACUAACGCCCCGAAUAGAGGAACGGUCGGUAAUGUAUUCAGCACUACAACACCGCUGCCACCAUCAGGACCAGACUCCACAAAUCAAGACCCGGGACAGUAUCAGAACAGACCUACUGGUCCUUUUUACGAAACUACCUCACCCAGUGGAGUGACCUACAUGAGGCCUGGCACUAACAAACCCGGUCAAGUACCUAGCACGACUUAUAGACCAAACUACAGCUUCGGUGAUAAGAAAAGUCCUGUAUUAAUUGAUGGUUCUGGAAGACAAAGUACAACCGCUCCUGCUUUCGACCGAACUCUUAAACCUGCAUAUACUUUAAAACCUAAUGGAGACUCUAAUAACGAACAAGAUCGGAUCGCUUUACCAAAUGCAUGA